GACAUCUCUAAAACUAUAAUCUUUUUGGAACGAAUGGAGUGUUAAUUUUCUUAAUAAUAGUUUCCAAAGUGAAUGUAAAGUGUCCAUCACUAGUUUUACAGUUACCGAAUAUCACGAUUACAACUUCAUUUUUGUGUAUAUGACUAAUUCCUGAUUUCAUGUGUCUUAUUUUCUGCCAAUCUAGUGUAAUUGCCACAACAAAAAUUCACUAUUAUUAUUUUCUUAAUUUUGUAAUAACUUCCAGAUGAAUACAAAGCCUCGACCACAAACUUCAUAGUUACCUCAAUCACAAAGAUUACAACUUCCUUUUUUGGGUUUAUGACAUCUUACGCAGAACCAAAAUUGAUCACCAAAUCGCAAAACAAAGCUAAACUUGCCAGUUUCAAGUAAAUUCUACUUUGAUUCCAAUCGUAAUCAAAAGGAAACAAUGUAAUAAAUCUUGAUCAAAAUAUUUAACAAAUUAAAAAGCAUUAAACCCACAGCCUUUGUUAAAUUAUACAUUUCCUCCACUACUCUCAUUUGUCUUUCCCCCUACUCCACAGUCUCUUACGUUUUUGACAUCAUCUGAUGGGAACUCGUCGACUUUUCGUCGCUCUUUUCUGUUGUUUUUGGUUACCCCUUAUCAUCGAAGCUACACCAUACAGAGUGUACCACCAACAAGUGUACGUGGAACAAUCGGGCCAUGGAAAUUUCACGAAGAUACAAAAAGCUAUUGAUUCGGUCCCAGUCAACAACCGCCAUUGGUUCUUCAUCAACGUUGCAGCCGGCGUUUACAAGGAGAAAAUAAGAAUACCGUAUGAUAAACCGUUCAUAGUAAUAGUUGGAGCUGGAAAGAGGCAAACUAGAGUUGAAUGGAAUGAUCAUGACUCGGUUGCGCAAAGCCCUACCUUUGCUACUGUCGCCGAUAACACCGUCGUUAAAAGCCUUACUUUCGUGAAUACGUACAAUUUCCCGAUUAAUGGGAAAGUGAACAAAACCCCUAGGAUCCCUGCCGUGGCGGCGUUGAUCAACGGUGAUAAAUGUGCUUUUUACUCGGUAGGAUUUUCUGGAAUUCAAGAUACCUUGUGGGAUGCUGAUGGCCGACACUUCUUCCACCGCUGCACUAUCCGAGGCGCCGUUGAUUUCAUAUUCGGUAACGGGCAAUCUAUUUACAAGAAAUGCGUGAUAAAAGUGCUAGGAGGGACGCUAAAACCGGGUGUAGCUGGUUACAUAACGGCUCAAGGACGGACCAACCCAUAUGACUCUAGCGGAUUUGUGUUCAUAGACAGCCUCGUUUACGGAUCGGGCAAGGCUUUCUUGGGCAGACCGUGGCGCAGUUACGCUCGAGUGAUCUUUUACAAUACAGACCUGACCAACGUGGUUGUUCCCCAAGGUUGGGAAUCAUGGCACUUAAGGGGCCAUGAAUCUCAGCUGACGUUUGCAGAGAUUGGAUGCUAUGGGAGUGGAUCGAAUACGGGGAGACGUGUGAGCUGGGUUAAGAAGCUGAGUAGAUUCAGUGUUCAAAGUUUGGUUAAUCUCGAAUUUAUUAAUAGUGGUGGAUGGGUUCAAGCUUUGCCCAUUGCUGUUUGA